AUGGAGAAAAAACAACAAUUUCGUGUCUUUAGUUCUUGUAUUUCUGCCAAGAAAAUCCAGAAUUCGAAGAAAAGAAAAGAAUGCGAGGAUCAACAAGCCGGAAGUGAAGUUUCUACUGGGUUAUUGCCACUUUUCAGCAAGAAUCCUAGUUGGGUCAUGAAGCCAAAAACAAGUGUCCCAAUUAGUUCUAUUGCUGCAUCAAGAAAUCCAGGGAGGGCUUUGAAAGAACUAAAGCUUUUUGAUGAAAAGGGGGUUGCCAAGAAUUCUGCUGAUCAGGAUUCAAGAAACAAAGAAUCCGCAGAAGCGAUGGAGAGAAGAGUGGCUCUUAAUCUUAUGGCGAUGAAAUCAUCUUAUAGCGUUAAGGAUUUGCUAGAGGAGGAGUCUCGUGGGGUUUCAACUCAACUAAGCUUGUAUCAUCAUGAUCCAUUCAAGAUCAAGAAGAAGAUGAAACCAAGUGAUUUGGGUAAUUUAUGCAGGCUACUUGUGUCUGCAGAAUUAGUGGAGAAACAUAUCCUCCCUUUCAUGAACGAGGAUCAAAUUAGACUGGUUGAAGAGGCGAAUCAAGAAAACAAUGGUUUGAAGGUAUGGAUUUGGGAUAUGAAUACAGAAAGUAUGCAUCAGUUGGUCUUCAAAAGAUGGAGCACUUCCAAAAGUUAUAUUUUCAAUUAUGGAUGGACAAAACAGUUCGUUAAAAGGAGGAAUUUGGUUGAAGGCGAUGAGAUCGGACUUUACUGGGACAAUGAUCACUCAAGAUUUCACUUCAGUGUUCUGAGGAGGGCUGCUGCUACUGGCCAAGACUGA